GGUUAUUUAUCUGAUGAACUAACAAAUACACGACUGUCCCUGUGUAGUCUUCAAACCCCGGCCCUAGGCAACGUUGUCAAGUUUCGGGUUACGGGUCGAGUUAUCGAGACUAGUCCCUUUGCAGCAGUUGUGCAUCGGAACUUGAAUGCUCCAUUGGUGUUUCCAGACGGAGGUUUUUGAGUGCCUGACCGAACAAUGCUAACACUUUUAGGAUUUUGUGUUAUUGAUUUCCUGUGGUUAUCCUUGGCUUUAUGCUUUCUCUUAGCUUUUUGCGUCCACAGACUUUCACGUUACCUGCCGACUGGAUGUGAGCAUUCAAAACUGUAUAUAUUAUUCCAGGAUCUAAUCCGAUACGGUAAAACCAAGGGACCACUGAAACGAGACCACUGGCUGCGUGUUUUUGAUAUCCCAAAAAGAUGGUUCUGGCACUUCUAUGCAAUAUCUGUUGGCUGGAAUGGUGUUCUUAUUGUCCUGUCACUUAACAUGAUUGUAUGGGGCCAGAAAUUCCCAUCAUGGUUGACUGACAUAUUGGGAUUCCUGACUACUGGUGGACCAGUGGCAGUCAGGCAAGUUCCACAGGUGUCAGCUGUGCUGGUGCAGGUCCUGUUAUGGAUUCAUUCUCUUAGACGACUACUGGAGUGCCACUUGGUCAGCGUGUUCUCUGAUGGGGUCAUUCACAUUGUUCAGUAUAUAUUUGGCUUGGCCUACUACAUUUUACUGGGGCUGACAGUGCUGUGCUUGGAUUCUUUGAUAAUUGAAGGAGGGAGCCCUGCUUUCCCAUUGCUCUCCCAGCUGAGGUGGUACUAUGUGGCUGGAGCUGUACUCUUCUUCUGGGCCUCUCUGCUGCAGCACCGCUCCCUGGUCUUGCUGGCCAGACUGCGCACUGGAGGAUCAGGGACAGUGGAGACUCUAGCCCACAGGGUUCCCAGUGGAGGCUGGUUUGAGCUGGUCUCCUGUCCUCAUUACUUAGCUGAGCUGCUGAUCUAUGUGUCUCUGGGGAUUGUGUCUGGAAGUCACGCUCUCACCUGGUGGCUCGUUGUCCUCUAUGUGCUCUUCAACCAGGCGCUGGCUGCCCAGCUCUGUCAUGAGUUUUACACAAGCAAGUUUCAGUCUUACCCACAGCAUCGCAAAGCAUUCCUCCCUUAUUUAUUGUAACUGAUGCCUGAUAUGAAUGUGAUUUAUUUUGUACAACUUAAUUUUCCAGAAAAAUAAAUCUAAAUACUUUGUUUGUUGAAA